AUGCCCGAGGAGCCGGGAGCGCUCCGGGAGCGGGGCAGGGAGCGGUUCCCGGGGAUUUGGAGCGCACCGGGAGCGGGGCAGGGAGCGGUUCCGGGGGAUUUGGAGCGCACCGGGAGCGGGGCAGGGAGCGGUUCCCGGGGAUUUGGAGCGCACCGGGAGCGGGGCAGGGAGCGGUUCCCGAGGAUUGGGAGCAGGCACCCCAGCAGCAUCUCCGCGCUGUCCCGCAGGUUGCACCAGGUGCCAGGAUCGCUGCACAAACGAGCAAAACGUCGUCCGAAAUGGCAGCCGAGUUACUUGCAGGGGGACAAAAUGAUGGCAGGAAGGUUUGUGGGGAGCACAGAUCCCAUCAUGGAGAUGCUCAGCGCUUCCAUUACUGUUGAUCAGAGACUGUCUGAAGUCGACAUCCAGGGGAGCAUGGCUUAUGCCAAAGCCUUGGAGAAGGCUGGAAUCCUGUCCAAAACUGAGCUGGAGAAGAUCCUGAGUGGCCUGGAAAAGAUCUCUGAGGAAUGGUCCAAAGGAGUCUUUGGUGUGAUCCAGACUGAUGAGGAUAUCCACACUGCCAACGAGCGCAGGCUGAAGGAGCUGAUUGGAGACGUAGCUGGGAAGCUGCACACUGGCAGAAGCAGGAAUGAUCAGGUUGUGACUGACCUGAAGCUGUUCAUGAAGAAUUCCCUCUCCAUCAUCUCCACACACCUCCUGCAGCUCAUUAAGACCCUGGUGGAACGUGCUGCCAUAGAAAUCGAUGUGAUCCUGCCUGGCUACACCCACCUGCAGAAAGCUCAGCCCAUCCGAUGGAGCCAGUUCUUGCUCAGCCAUGCUGUUGCUCUGACCCGCGAUUCUGAGCGCCUGGGAGAGAUCAAAAAGAGGAUCAAUGUCUUGCCUUUGGGAAGCGGCGCCCUGGCUGGAAACCCCCUGGAAAUCGAUAGAGAGCUGCUGCGCAGUGAGCUGGACUUUGCUUCCAUCAGCCUGAACAGCAUGGAUGCUGUCAGCGAGAGGGACUUUGUGGUGGAAUUCCUGUCAGUUGCCACCCUGCUGAUGAUCCACCUCAGCAAGAUGGCUGAGGAUCUCAUCAUCUACAGCACCAGCGAGUUCGGCUUCCUCACCCUCUCUGAUACCUACUGCUCUGGCAGCAGCCUGAUGCCUCAGAAGAAGAAUCCCGACAGUCUGGAGCUGAUCCGCAGCAAAGCCGGGCGAGUGUUCGGCCGGCUGGCUGCAGUUCUCAUGGUCCUCAAAGGACUCCCCAGCACCUACAACAAGGACCUGCAGGAGGACAAGGAGGCCGUCUUUGAUGUCGUAGACACCCUGAAUGCUGUGCUCCAGGUUGCCACUGGAGUGAUUUCCACCCUCCAGAUCAACAAGGAGAACAUGGAGAAGGCACUGAGCCCUGAGAUCCUGUCAUCUGACCUGGCUCUCUACUUGGUUCAUAAAGGAAUGCCCUUCAGACAAGCCCACAUCGCUGCUGGCAAGGCCGUCCACCUGGCCGAGACCAAAGGCAUCACCAUCAACAACCUCAGCCUGGAGGACCUGAAGAGCAUCAGCCCCCUGUUUGGCAGCGACGUGGCGCAGGUGUUCAGCGUGGUGAGCAGCGUGGAGCAGUACACGGCCGCGGGCGGCACCGCCAAGAGCAGCGUGUCCACCCAGAUCGAGCAGCUGAGGGAGCUGCUCAAGAGGCUCAAGGAACAGGCUUAGAGUGUGGGGAGAGAUGCCGUGCCUGCAGCGUUGUGCCUGUGCCACUGGUCUGGAGUUAAUAAACACUGGGGUGUCUGUAGUUCACUGAAA